AUGAACAGCUCCAAGGGGCCCCGAGCACCACAGCGCCCCCAGAACCCCACAGGGGAAAAAGCCAAGGCCCCCAGGUGUUUCCGGGCCCCAGCCGGCUCGUCCAGAUCGGCCACAUCAGGCACCACUGCACCAUGUGCCCACGCCAAUAAGCCCCCCCUGGCCCCCUUUACUGCACACAAUGCCCCCGGACACCCCACAGCGGCAUGGUUCCCAUCUACUGAGCCUCCACCUGCACGUCGGGGUUUGACGGCAUUCCCCGUCGGGGCCCGGGGGAAACCCAGGGGCUGGGGCGGCCCCCUUUUUCCCGCCUGUCCCGAGUUUUCCCCCCCUGUACCAUUCCUUGCCUUAGGCAUGCACUCAAUGGUACCAUACCUGCCACAGUCCUUGCAGCACUGUGGAAGGGAUCAGAACCGUCCGGUCCUCAGGGUGUGCCUGCUUUACAUAGAUUUUCAGUGCUGGUCCAGCAAAAAAGUCAACAAAGAAAAACGCGGGCCAGGACCUGAUCAUCUUUCCGAGCCGCGGGGACAACCCCUUCCAGCGCCCCCAUCCUGCGCCACGGGACAGGUCUCGCCACGCUCACGAUCCCCCUUCUUCAAGCGGGCCCAUAUACCCCCGGCCGGUGGUGGGCCCGAAAAAGGCGUUUCAAAGCCCCCGCCACGCUGGUGUAAGAGGCGUUUGGGAUGCGGACACCUCCCGUCGUACCAGGGCUUCGUUCACAGAAUGUCGGAGGCCGAGGGGCUGCGGGGGGCCCUCCACCCGAAGAAAAAUUCAAGCCCCAAGAGAAAACAUCGUCUUCGUUUUCUGGAAAUUAAAAGGAGUGCAAAGUUCACUUUCCGACACAGGGUCCAGAGGCUUCGAGGGGGCGACAGCCCCCCCGAGUAG